CCCAACAGAAGCUUUGUCUCCAAAGGAAAAAAAAAAAAGAGAGGGAGCCGUAGAAGCACAGAAGAGCCAGUUUCUUUCUCGCUGCUGUGGAAGCUUAAUAUCAUAUCUCUCAGUUAGAAGAAACGAAAAGCUUUCCAUAGUAGCGUAUAGAAUUCUCUGUCUCUUUAGUUGGAUAUACAGAAAUGGCUCGCUCUUUCUCCAACGCUAAGCUUCUCUCUGCUCUCGUCGUCGAUGGAUUCUCUACCGCAAUUAGCAGGCGAGGAUACGCGGCGGCAUCACAAGGAGUUGUUUCGAGCGUGGCAAGAGGAGGUGCAGGAGGAAGUGGAAGAAACGUUGUGAAGAAGUCUGGGGAAGAGAUAGUGGGCUCCACCGAGAAGGUUUCAUGGACCCCCGACCCAGUAACCGGUUACUACAGACCAGAGAACGGCGCUCAGGAAAUCGAUGUGGCUGAGCUCCGAGCUAUGCUCUUGAAGAAGAAUUAAUUAAUUGGGGGCAAAAAUUAAUAUUCUAGAACGAUCUUUCUUAUUCACAAAGCAAGAAAACCAAAGAAGCGAGCGAAAAAAGGGGUUUUAAAACCCCUCGGGUUGGGACUUGGGAUUGGUUGUCGUCGUGUGCGGUUCCUUGAACGACUCCUUUUGACUUUAGCUCAAAGAUGAUAUGUUUAUAAAUUAUAUAUGUGGUUGUAACUUGUAGCUCCUCUCUGGCCUCCCAUUUGGAGCAAUUACUUUUUACGUAACGCAUCUGUUAUUAGGAUAUCGAUAUAAAUGAAAAAUCAAAUUCUAUUUAUUUCAUCGGUA